AUGGGUGACGGCAACCGUUCGAACAGCAACAAACCAGAGUGGCUUCAGCAGUACGAUCUGAUCGGGAAGAUCGGAGAAGGAACCUACGGUCUCGUCUUCCUCGCUCGAAUCAAGUCCGCCACCAACCGCGGAAAAUCCAUCGCCAUCAAGAAAUUCAAGCAAUCUAAAGAUGGCGAUGGUGUCUCUCCCACCGCCAUUCGUGAAAUCAUGUUGCUGAGGGAGAUCACUCAUGAAAAUGUAGUGAAGCUUGUGAAUGUUCACAUCAAUCAGACAGACAUGUCUCUGUAUCUAGCCUUUGAUUAUGCUGAACAUGACCUUUAUGAAAUAAUCAGACAUCAUAGAGACAAGGUCAACCAAGCUAUUAACCAGUACACUGUUAAAUCGAUACUAUGGCAGUUGCUCAAUGGACUGAACUAUCUGCACAGUAAUUGGAUAAUACAUCGAGAUUUGAAGCCAUCGAAUAUACUGGUUAUGGGUGAUGGGGAGGAACAUGGAGUUGUUAAAGUUGCUGACUUUGGGCUUGCAAGGAUAUAUCAAGCCCCUCUGAAGCCAUUAUCUGAAAAUGGGGUUGUUGUAACCAUUUGGUAUCGUGCUCCCGAGUUGCUUCUUGGAGCAAAACAUUAUACCAGUGCUGUUGAUACGUGGGCUGUGGGAUGCAUUUUUGCUGAGUUGUUGACCUUGAAGCCACUGUUUCAAGGUGCAGAAGUCAAAGCUACACCAAAUCCUUUUCAGCUUGAUCAACUUGACAAGAUAUUCAAGGUUUUAGGCCAUCCCACAUCAGAAAAAUGGCCUUCCUUACAACACCUUCCCCAUUGGCAACAGGAUACACAACAUAUACAAGGACACAAAUACGACAAUGCUAAUCUCUAUAGUGUUGUACACCUAUCUCCAAAAAGUCCUGCAUAUGACCUUUUGUCAAAGAUGCUUGAAUAUGAUCCUAAAAGGCGUAUAACAGCAGCACAAGCUUUGGAGCAUGAGUAUUUCAAAAUGGAACCACAGCCUGGGCGGAAUGCACUUGUACCAUGCCAACCUGGAGAGCCAUUUGUGAAUUAUCCCACACGUCCAGUGGACACAACGACAGAUUUUGAAGGGACAACUAACAUGCAGCAAUCACAGCCGGUUUCGUCUGGAGCUGCUAUUGCUGGAAACAUGCCUGGUGGUCAUGUAUCUAAUAGACCUGUCCCUCGACCAAUGAAUGUUGGUAUGCAAAGAAUGCAUCAGCUGCAAGCUUAUAACCUCCCAUCCCAGCCAGGGAUGGGUAGUGGAAUUAAUCCUGCUGGCAUCCCAAUGCAACGAGGUGUUCCGCAACAGGCCCAUCAGCAGCAACAGAUGAGGAGAAAAGACCAAAUGGGAAUGCCAGGAUACCCUCCGCAGCAGAAACCAAGACGUAUGUAA